AUGUUAAGUAAAGGACGCCUAUUAUCAACAACCAUUAUUCUCUCAGUCACUUCUGACGAGACGGGCAUCUGUUCGUGGUAUGGCGUGGGACUGGACGGCCAGUACACGGCUGAUGGCGAGAGGUUUAAUGGCAAUGACAUGACUGCCGCCCAUAAGACACUUCCGUUCAACACAACAGUGAAAGCGUCGUGCAAUGGGAAGAGUGUGACCGUCAGAAUCAACGAUAGGGGACCCUUCGUUCCCGGAAGGAUACUCGACUUGAGCCGUGCGGCCGGCGAUAGAGCCGGCAUUAAAGACAGCGGUCUCUGUCAAUGUACUCUUCAUAUAUUGUAAUCAUUUUAAUAAACUAUAAAUUUAAA